UUGUUCAAAAGCAAGCUAACAAAAACAACUGAGUCGAACAGAUCAUACGAAUAUUUUGAGGUGUUACUAAAGUCGUUAAAAUUUCGCAGCAAUCUUUUAAAAAUGACUGAAGACGAUAGAACGCUUUGGUGUGGUAACCUGAGCGAAAAAGUAACUGAAGACCUGCUGUACGAGUUGUGCCUUCAGGCUGGGCCGGUUGAAAAUGUAAAGAUUCCACGGGAUAGCGAUAAACGACAACGAUCCUAUGCAUUUAUUACGUACGUUCACGCCAGCAGUGUUGAGUACGCCAUACGUAUUUUCGAAGGUUCGGCUCUUUUCAAACGCCCACUCACGCUGCACAAGAAAAACAGAAAUGGACCAAGUCCUGCUGCACCACCCAAAGAAAACUUCAGGUAUUCAUCGGGAAAUGGUCGUUUUCACGACGAUCCGCCACUCAACGCAACCGAGACGUUCAAUGGACCCAUGGUCCAUCAGCAGGAACCAAUGGAUAACAAUGGAGUUAUGUUUAAUGGAAACUCGAGCUUCAUAUUCGAAGAGCAGAACAACGCUCCGAUGCAAAGCGACAUGCUUGCGGCACUGGUUUCCAACGGUUGCACCCAUGAAUUGUUGAUGCAGCUGGGACAACAGAUGCUUGGAGCCGAUCUACCAACUUAUGAUGACAAUAGUCAACACAACAGUUCGUACAGAACGAAAAUGAAUCACCAGGAUCGCCAACAUAGAAAUCCAUACUCGCGGGAUGAUCGAUACGGGCGCAAAAAUUAUCGUAAUGAGUCUCGCAGCGGCAACGAGUCACGCAGCGGCAAUGAGUCUCGUUAUCGAAAUGAGCACGACAACCGCAGCAACGAUCGAAAACGUGAUUAUCGUAGACGGCGAUAGUAAUUAAAGAUAAUUGGCCGCUGCAGACGGUCAACGGGUGGAUACAAUUUCUCUUAGAUCCUUGUGAACCGUGGUACAAAAUUAAGUAAACCUGCAGCAAAUAAAUACCGUCUCAGAGCUCUAUCCUUGACGAUGCUACUGAAUUGUGAAUAUAUGUAUUUGCUGGCUACACAGGAAUAUAUUCUGUACAAACUUACGGCAUCGUUUACUAAGUCAAAACAUGUACCGUUAGAUUCAAGCUCACAUUUUCAAAUCUCGAUUAGUUUCUCAGGUUUUGCAACUUUCGUAAUUGUUUCGGUUUUUUAAUCCGCUGAAUGUUUUUGCCCGUAAGACCGAAGUUAAAAUAUUUUUUUUAUAUCAACAUUUUAUGCGAUUGAGAAAAACAUAAUUCGAUUGAAUCGGCACGAUGAUUCAUAAAAUCACAAAUCAUCCAAUGAAAGGGAAAGUCCAGAAAGGAUGUCAUAGAAAGAAGUAAAUAUAUCGGAUGGUUUUAUAAAUACAUAUUUCACCAAACAAAAGCAGACCCGUUUGU